CGCCUGCGCAGCGGCGCCUCUGCCUGGGUUCCCGGGCAGCUCCCGCUCGCGCCUGCCGCUAGCUCUGCGUUGGUCCAACGCCCGGCUUGGCCAUGAGCAGGUGCGCAGAGGCGGCGGCGGUGGCCGCCACGGUGCCAGGCGCGGGCGUCGGCAACGCGGGGCUGCGGCGGCUCAUGGUGCCCCGCCAGGCGUCCUUCUUCCCGCCGCCCGUGCCCAACCCCUUUGUGCAGCAGACGCGGAUGGGCACGGCCAGGCGCAUCCAGAUUUUCUUUCUUGGAAUUAUCCUGCUUCCAAUUCGUGCCUUAUUGGUUGCAUUAAUUUUAUUACUGGCAUGGCCAUUUGCUGCGAUUUCAACAGCAUGCUGUCCUGAAAAGCUGACCCACCCAGUAACUGGUUGGAGGAGGAAAAUUACCCAACCGGUUUUGAAGUUCCUGGGUCGUGCCUUGUUCUUUUCAAUGGGAUUUAUAGUUACUGUGAAAGGAAAGGUCGCAAAUGCUGUGGAAGCCCCAAUUUUUGUGGUUGCCCCUCACUCAACGUUCUUUGAUGGGAUUGCCUGUGUCAUAGCUGGCUUACCGUCUAUGGUGUCUCGAAAUGAGAAUGCACAGGCCCCUCUGGUUGGCAGACUGUUACGAGCUCUUCAACCAGUGCUGGUGUCCCGUGUUGAUCCAGAUUCUCGAAAGAACACAAUAAAUGAAAUAAUAAGGCGUGCCACUUCAGGAGGGGAAUGGCCCCAGAUGCUAGUUUUCCCAGAAGGUACUUGUACUAAUCGUUCCUGUUUGAUUACUUUUAAACCAGGGGCCUUCAUUCCAGGAGUUCCCGUUCAGCCAAUCCUCCUCAGAUACCCAAACAAGCUGGAUACUGUGACUUGGACGUGGCAAGGAUAUACAUUCAUUCAGCUUUGUAUGCUUACUUUCUGCCAGCCCUUCACAAGGGUGGAAGUUGAGUUUAUGCCAGUUCAAGUACCAAAUGAAGAAGAAAGAAAUGAUCCGGUCCUUUUUGCCGAUAGAGUCCGGAAUUUAAUGGCUCAAGCUCUGGGGAUUCCAGUAACAGACCACACCUACGAGGACUGCCGACUGAUGAUUUCAGCAGGACAGCUCACGUUGCCCAUGGAAGCUGGGCUGGUGGAAUUUACCAAAAUUAGCCGGAAGUUGAAAUUAGAUUGGGAUGGCAUUCGUAAGCAUCUGGAUGAAUAUGCAACCAUUGCAAGUUCCUCAAAAGGAGGAAGAAUCGGAAUAGAAGAAUUUGCAGAAUAUUUGAAGUUGCCUGUGUCAGAUGUCUUGAGACAACUGUUUGCACUCUUUGACAGGAACCAUGAUGGCAGUAUCGACUUCCGAGAAUAUGUGAUUGGCCUGGCUGUCUUGUGCAACCCUGCCAACACAGAAGAGAUCAUCCAGGUGGCAUUUAAGCUCUUUGACGUGGAUGAGGAUGGCCACAUAACGGAGGAGGAGUUCUCCACCAUUCUGCAGGCUUCCCUUGGAGUGCCUGACCUUGAUGUUUCUGGUCUCUUCAAGGAAAUAGCUCAGGGCGAUUCUGUGUCGUACGAGGAAUUUAAAAGUUUUGCCCUAAAGCAUCCAGAAUAUGCUAAGAUAUUUACAACAUACUUAGACCUCCAGACGAGCCAUGUGUUUUCACUGCCAAAAGAAGCUCAGGCAACUCCCUCAUUCACAAGUAAUAAAGUCAGUCCUGAAAAUCGUGAAGAGAGCGCCUCAGACAAGAAGGAUGACUGACAGUACAUUUUCCCAGCAAAGUGAACGCGUGGCUCUUUCUUGAAAUUGCAAAGACAUUUAUUGAUAGUGUUUUAAUUGUGAUUGUUGAGUAGUGACGAUGUUUAAGAUGAAAGCUUUUUUCUUUAUUAAAAAUGAUAGACUUUAUUAUUAAAAUGCUUUUAGUCUCAUGUGUAUAUCAAGUAAUAUUCCUUUUAUAUUAUAUUGUGCUGUCCUGAUUGGUUUACUGGUGAUAAAUAUGUUUGUAUGCAUUUUCCAGUUUAAUUUGCAUAUCCAAAUGAAUGAAAUGGUCUCACUUAGUUAUUGAUCAGCAUUAUCAACACCUAGAGCUUAAAAACUGUAAAACACUUUUUAAUCUACUUCCCUCUAAAGAAAUAAAGUAAUAUUCUGUUAUCUCUAAUCUUUCUCAUUUCUGAAAAUAAGAAUCAAAAGUCUGAGGAAUGUUGCAGGAUUUUAUACCUUUAACUUCAUAGAUGCACUUUUUUCUAUUUACAUCUCAGUUUCUUGGAUCACUGACUAUGGGUGCAUUAGAAGGGAGAGCUCUGUUCAUUACAUGACACUUCU